UUUAUAAAAAAAAUACACACCUUAUCUAAAUUGAUUGUUGAAGCAGAUAUCGUGAUGGAGGCAGGGUAUAUUCUGAGCUCCUCCUUCAACCCUCCUAAAACCCUCUUCUCUUCCAUUUCCAAAUUCCCAUCUCCUCACGGCCCUCGCAACCUGCUGCUCCUUCCCCGCGCCGCCACUAUCCCUCUCACAAUUCACAAUCCAAUUGCCACCUCCGCUUCCAACUAUCCCAGAAUCGACAAAAGUGGCAAAUUCUGCAGCCCCAGAGCCGCCCGCGAGCUCGCUCUGAUGACUCUCUACGCCGCUUGCUUGCAGGGCUCCGACCCCCUCCGCCUCUUGGAGAAACGCCUCAAUGCCAGAAAAGAAAUUGGGUAUGAAUUUGAUAGGGCUUGUUUAAUGGUGUAUGAUCACAUGACAUUUGGAGGGCCGCCCAUUGCCACUCAAACUGUUGAAGAAGCCGAUCAGCUUUUGGAAAUUUAUCAAAAGGAGUCUCACAUUGAAGCCGAAGUUCUUUCUGCACCUCCAAACUUAGUCUACAGCAAAUUAAUUUUACUUUUUACUCGGAAACUUUUGACAGCAGUUUCUGACAAUUGGGACAGUAGUGUGCUUGCGAUUGAUAAAGUUGCACCCGAUAGCUGGAAGAAUGAACCAGCAACUCGAAUCCUUGAGUUUUCUGUACUGCACUUAGCAAUGUCAGAGAUAUCAGUUCUUGGGACAAGGCACCAAAUAGUCAUAAAUGAGGCUGUUGACCUUGCAAAGAGGUUCUGUGACGGGGCAGCCCCUCGUGUAAUAAACGGAUGUCUUAGGACAUUUUUGAAGGAGUUGAAGGAAAAUGGCCAGGAUCAGCCUCAAAAUGUUUCAGUGUAAGAGAAUGUAUGAAUAGUUGAGGUUGUAGGUUGGAUAUUGUAUGCGAGUGAAAACAAUUUUGAGCUUCAUUCUAGCAAUGUAUAGUAGUCCCACUCAAGGCAUAUCAUUUGGACUAUGUUGGUUCUGUUGAAUAUGCAAUAUCAAAUUAAGUUUCAUCGGCA